AUGUCUCAAGACUACUUUGGAUGGUCCCUCACAAGGACCAGCAUGAGAAGCAACAUGGGAAGCAACGUGACCACUGUGGCCCUGAACAAUGCAGCAGAUAUCUCCGUCAUUGUGAUCUACUUUCUUGUUGUGUUGGCUGUCGGAGUAUGGGCGAUGGUUCGCACCAACCGAUCCACUGUCGGGGGCUUCUUCCUCGCAGGGAGGAGCAUGGUGUGGUGGCCGAUCGGAGCAUCACUAUUUGCCAGCAACAUCGGCAGUGGCCACUUUGUAGGAAUCGCUGGGACUGCAGCAGCCUCAGGAAUAGCCAUUGGUGGAUUUGAAUGGAAUGCUCUCAUCGUGGUCGUUAUUCUGGGAUGGAUCUUUGUGCCUAUCUACAUAAAAGCUGGGAUUGUCACCAUGCCUGAGUACCUGAAGAGGAGGUUUGGGGGUCAUCGUAUUCGCAUCUAUCUCUCUGUGCUCUCCCUCUUCCUGUAUGUCUUCACCAAGAUCUCGGCUGACAUGUUCUCUGGAGCGAUCUUCAUCAACCAGGCACUUGGACUGAAUAUCUACCUCGCUGUUGUCAUGCUACUAUCGAUCACCGCCUUGUACACCGUCACAGGUGGAUUGGCUGCUGUGAUCUACACAGACACCCUACAGACCAUCAUCAUGGUUGUUGGAUCGUUCAUCCUUAUGGGCUUUGCUUUCAAUGAGGUGGGAGGCUAUGAGCGUUUCCAGGAGCGCUACAUGGAGGCAAUCCCUUCAAUGACGGCUAACAUCAGUGCAAAUUGCUACGAGCCUCGGGCAGACUCCUUCCAUAUUUUUAGGAAUGCAAUAACGGGUGACCUGCCGUGGCCUGGCCUGGUGUUCGGACUCACCAUUCAGGCCACCUGGUACUGGUGCACUGAUCAGGUCAUUGUCCAGCGCUGCCUCUCAGGCAAGAACUUAUCUCACGUUAAGGCCGGCUGCAUCCUAUGUGGCUACCUGAAGCUGCUGCCCAUGUUCCUCAUGGUUUUCCCUGGAAUGAUUAGUAGGAUCCUCUACACCGAUGAGGUUGCGUGUGUGGAGCCAGAACAAUGUGAACAAUUCUGUGGGACCAGUGUGGGCUGCACCAACAUUGCUUAUCCCAAACUGGUGGUGGAUCUCAUGCCCAAUGGUCUAAGAGGUCUUAUGCUGUCUGUUAUGCUGGCCUCACUGAUGAGCUCACUUACGUCCAUCUUUAACAGUGCCAGUACUCUCUUUACAAUGGACAUCUACACCAAGAUCCGCCGCACAGCCAGUGAAAAGGAACUCAUGAUUGCCGGCAGAGUGUUUAUCUUGGUCCUGAUUGCUGUGAGCAUAGCGUGGAUCCCUGUGGUGCAGUCUGCCCAGAGCGGUCAGCUCUUUGACUACAUCCAGUCCAUCACCAGCUACCUCACACCACCCAUUGCAGCCGUUUUCCUGCUGGCCAUCUUCUGCAAACGUGUCAAUGAGGCUGGUGCAUUUUACGGCCUCACUAUUGGCCUGCUCAUCGGCCUGUCCAGGAUGAUAGCCGAGUUUGCGUAUGGCACAGGCAGCUGCGUCAAUCCCAGCAACUGCCCCACCAUCAUAUGCGGAGUCCACUACCUCUACUUCUCCAUCAUCCUGUUUGUGACGUCCUGUGUCAUUAUCCUGGCCGUCUCUCUCAUGACAAAACCCAUUGAGGACAAACACCUGUAUCGACUUUGCUGGAGCCUGAGGAACUCGACUGAGAAGAGAGUGGAUCUGGAGCAGGACGACUGGGUUGAAAACAAAGAUUGCGACUCUUUGGAAAUAGAAGAACCUGUGGACGAGCCCGGCUUCUGCAAGAAGGCAGUGAUGUGCUUCUGUGGCCUGGAGCAGAAAAACGCCCCCAAGCUGAGUCCAGAGGAGCAGGCAGAGCUGCAGAAAAAGCUCACAGACACCACAGAGAAGCCUCUAUGGAGGAACGUCGUCAACGCGAACGCCCUCAUCCUCCUGGCCGUGGCCGUUUUCUUCCAUGGGUUUUAUGGUUAAAGAAACUCACCUCACUCCACUUGCUAUACGGUAAUUUAUAUUUAAGUGACGGGAUUUUGCUUUUAGCAUUAGCAAUCAUGACAACACUUAUUCUAACUCAACUUAGUCACCACUCAGCCACAGCAUUAAAACCAGUUUCUGGGUCUGAUCAGUGGAAAUGCUUCUUUCUAUUUUACAUGGAAAUGUAAAAUAAACCAACCCCGACCCUUUUUUAAAAAUAUUAUUGUGUUUUAUUUCAAUGUGCUGCCUUAAAUCCUGGAAAAAGACAUCACAUAAUAAAUAUAAAUGACACGUUGAAAAUGUAGGUUUAUGUACAAAAUAUUUUUAAAUUCCUGACAAUUUCUGUAUUAGCUACCUCAUUCUACCGAAGGCCUUUUCCCCCAUUAAGUGUGUUCAAAGUCCAUGAGUGGUGUCACCUCUGAAAUCUGUGCACCCAUACCGUUUGUUAUUUCAGGUGUUAAUGAAUAAAAACUUCUCAGGAAACAGAGGUUGUGAAUUACUCAGUCAGUCUGACUAACCUUCUUUACUGCCCCCUGGUGGCUGCUGCUUUUAAACAUCUGGUUAAAUCUGCUCUCACCCAGUGUAAAUGAUUCUUCUUUUGUGUGCUUGGUAAAUAAAUGUGGAAUAACAAACACAUGAUCCUUUUCUAAUAUGCUGCAUAUCUUGAGAUAC